AUGCGGCUUUCACUCCAAUCAUUGCUCCUUUUGGGGCUAUCGUCGCUCGGCGCAGCUGUUUUCCAGGACGAAGUUGGCGAAAUCGAUUUCCACCACGCGCUCAUCGGCGUCCCCCAGGUCGAAACCACCUUCUUCCAUCGACCGCGAAAGCAAGAUAAGGCGAGCCUCCUUUACACACUCAGCGACGUCGGCGUUAUCGGCGCCGUGAACCCCAGCACUGGUGCCGUUGUCUGGCGCCAGCAGAUUGCUGACGAUAUCACCAAUGGCGGCGGCUUCUUGCGCGCUGCUGAGGGGGAGCACUGGGUCGCUGCGGCGUAUGGCUCCCGAGUGCAGGCUUGGGACGGACUGACAGGUCGUAACGUCUGGCACAACGAAUUCAAGGGCGAGGUUAAGGAUCUGGAGAUUCUUGAGUUGACUGAAAGCUCAAGGAAGGAUGUUUUGGUUCUGUACGAUGAGGACGGCACAACUGUUCUACGACGCAUACACGGUACUCUGGGCAAGGUGGUUUGGGAGUUCCGCGAAGUCACCAAGAACAUCCCUCUCCAGGUCUCAACUGACAUUUCCAAAAUCUUCGUUGUCAGCCUUCACGGAUCCCCCGCGUCUUACAGUCUCAAGGUCACUGCACUCGACACUCUUACAGGAGGACGAUUGGACGACUUUGCCAUUGGCACCAAGGGCGAUGUCCAUGGACCCAAGGACGUUAUGUUUGUUGGCGGCAACUCGGCCGCACCCAUUCUUGCUUGGACCGACAGCACCCUUUCCAAGCUUAAGGUGAACGUCCUUGGCAGCAAGAACACCCAGGAGCUCAAGUUAACCACCGACGCCGUCUCCGUCACUAUCCAUGCGCCCCAUCUCAUGCAGUCGCAGCCUCACUUCCUGGUUCACACUCGAACAAAGACCGGAAACAAGGCUGAGGUUUAUCACACCGACUUGAAGAAUAACCAAGUCUCUAAGGCCUACGAUCUUCCUCACCUUUCUGGUCUGGGCGCCUUUUCCACCAGCUCUGAUGGAGCCAACGUAUACUUCGCCCGCGUCACCGAGGACGAGACGAUCAUUGUCUCAUCUGAGUCUCAUGCUGUUUUGGCCCGUUGGCCCAUCAAGCCUGCCGGUGAUAUCGAGGCUGUUCAUGCCGUUGCUGAGGUCCUCAAGAAGCCUGGCACCGAGGGCUUCGCCAUCCGAGCUGCUGCUGUCACCAAGUCUGAUGACUGGGUUUUGGUCCGCAACGGUGAAAUCGACUGGAAGCGUCCCGAGGGCCUGAGCGGCGCCGUUGCUGCUGUCUGGGCCGACGUCCCUGGUACUGAGAACCUUGCCAAGGUCUUGGAGGAAGAGGCUCACACAAACCCUAUAUCGGCCUACAUCCACCGUGUCACCAGACAUAUCGAUGACCUCCAGUACCUGCCUGGAUACCUUGCAUCGCUACCUGAGAGCUUCAUCACCAGUGUGUUUGGUGGCGAGCCUGCUGUCAGCAAGAAGGAGGGCCUGCAUCGGGACACCUUUGGCUUCAACAAGCUCAUUGUGCUCGCAACUCGCCGCGGUCGCAUGUAUGGUCUUAGCACCGAACACAAGGGCCAAGUUGUCUGGAACAAGUCUGUCCUUCCCCAGGUUCAUGGCGAGUCCCUUGAUGUCAAGGGUAUGUACGCUAAGGAUGAGGGUGUUGUUACUCUGCGCGGAGCCAAGGGUGAAUAUGUCGCCAUCAAGAGCGACACUGGCGACGUUGUUGAAGUGAUGCCCGCUGGAUCUCUUCCUCGUGUAUCCAGCACUGUGGUCGUCGAUAGCCCUGCCGGCAACUGGUUGCUCCCUAUCGGUGCUAACGGCGAGGUUGGACCUGUUCCUGCUGGUUUCACUCCCAGUCAGACUAUCGUCGUCCGAGGCGAAGGAGAAACUCUUAAAGGCAUCAAGUUCGUCGAGGGGAACAACAAGGUUUCUGAGGAAGAGAUCUGGCAGCUCCAGCUGUUUCCUGGCCAGAAGAUUGUCGAAGUUGCUAAGCCUGCCGCUCAUGACCCUGUCGCCUCCAUCGGCCGUGUUCUGACCGAUCGUCGCGUCAGCUACAAGUACCUCAACCCGAACACAAUUGUGGUUGCUGCUGUCGACGAGACCAAGUCGUCUCUGUCUGUUCAGCUUGUCGACACCAUCUCCGGCCAGGUUCUUGCAUCUCAGUCUUACGCUGGCGUUGACUCAACCAAGCCUAUUUCGUGCACAAUGGCCGAGAACUGGUACGCUUGCACCUUCUUCGGCCAGUAUACCCUCGGAGAUGGCACCAAGCGAUCUAUCCGCGGAUACCAGAUCGUCAUUGUUGACCUCUACGAGUCUUCGGCACCCAACGACCGUGGCCCUCUGGGUGAUGCUGUCAACUUUUCUUCGCUCAAGCCUGUCGACACACCAACUGGACCUGCUCUGCCUUGGGCUGAGGAGCAAUCCUAUGUUUUGUCUCAGCCACUUGACCAUCUCUCGGUGACACAGACACGCCAAGGCAUCGCGAACCGCUAUCUGCUCGCCUAUCUGCCCGAAGCGCACUCCAUUGCCGGCCUGUCUCGCCAGGUUCUCGACGCCCGACGACCUGUUGGUCGCGACUCAACCCCAGCGGAGAAGGAAGCCGAAGGCCUCAUCCAGUACACCCCCAACAUCGAGAUUGACCCUCGAGGCAUCUUUUCUCACCAGCGAAACGUGAUUGGCGUCAAGAACAUCCUCGCAACACCAGUCAUUGUGGAGAGCACAACCCUGAUUGUUGCUUAUGGUGUGGAUGUCUUCGGAACACGAAUCGCUCCUAGCGGCGUGUUCGAUAUUCUCGGAAACGGCUUCAACAAGUCUACGCUUGUUUUGACCGUUGUGUCGCUGCUGGGCGGCGUACUGUUCCUGUCACCAAUGGAGAAAACAGAUCAACAGGCUCUGGGAGAGCUAGAAGGGAUGAAAAGAGAGGGCAUGUCAUAUCUGGAGCUAAUUGCUGGACACGGCCUACACGAGGCCAAUGAAAGGAGGGUAUUGGAUUAUGAGCUGUAA